UCGGCGUCGUGCCAAUGCGGGGGGUGCGGGAAGAGCUUCGCCGGCGGCGCGGCGCCGAGCCGGCGCCAGAAGCAGCACGCCGAGGAGGAGAAGCCGUACAAGUGCGGCGAGUGCGGCAAGGGCUUCCAUUGGAACUCGCACCUGGAGCGGCACCGGCGCAUCCACACCGGCGAGAAGCCGUACCGCUGCGGCGAGUGCGGCAAGAGCUUCAGCUGGAGCUCUCACCUGGAGCGGCACCGGAGGACGCACGGCGGCGCCGGCGCGGCGGCGCAAUGCGGCGAGUGCUGCGGGAAGAAGGCCUUCGGCAAAAGCGCGCCGGCGCCGGCGCCGGGCAAACGGCGUCGCGUCGGCGUGGAGAAGCCGUACCGAUGCGCCGAGUGCGGGAAGGGCUUCGGGUUGAGCGCGGCGUUGGCUCAGCACCAGCGGGUCCACGGCGCCGGCGCCGGCGUCGGCAAAGCUUACGCCUGCGGGGAUUGCGGCAAGAGCUUCGCUUGGAGCUCGCACCUGGACCGGCACCGGCGCAUCCACGCCGGCGAGAAGCCGUACCGCUGCGGGGAUUGCGGCAAGAGCUUCUCGCAGAGCUCUCACCUGGAACGGCACCGGCGCGUCCACGUCGCCGGCGGCGGGAAGGAGAAAGCGACGUCGCGGUGGAAAUCGGCGUCGCCGGCGAAAUGCAGCGAGUGCGGCAAGAGCGUGGGGCCGAGAACCGAGGGCGUCAAGCACCAGGGGACCCAGACCGGCGAGAAACCUUACACCUGCCCCGAAUGCGGUAAGGGAUUCGGGCAGAAUUCGGCGCUGGUCAAACACCGGCGGGUGCACAGCGGCGAGAAACCGUACGCCUGCGGCGACUGCGGCAAGAGCUUCGGCGUCCGCUCCAACCUCAUCAAGCACCAACGCACCCACUUGGGCGACAAACCCUACAAGUGCCCCGACUGCGGCAAGGGCUUCAUCCAAAAAUCGGACCUGACCAAGCACCGGCGCAUGCACACCGGCGAGAAACCGUACGCCUGCACCGUCUGCGGCAAGUGCUUCAGCGUCUCCUCCAACCUCAUCAAGCACCGGCGCAUCCACCUGGGCGAGAAACCCUACGGCUGCCCCGAGUGCGGCAAGAGCUUCAUCCAGCGCUCCGAGCUCACCAUCCACCGCCGCGUGCACACCGGCGAGAAGCCCUACGCCUGCCCCGCCUGCGGCAAGUGCUUCAGCCGCAGCUCCCACCUCAACCGACACCGCCGCACCCACGCCGGGGGGAAAACCCCCGUGCCCCCC